AUGCCGUGCGGCAUGCCAACCAAGACCUCGGCUAAGCUGCGCCACCCGCCGGGCCUCCACGUAAGAACCGUUCACGGCGGCGAACAAUCCGGCGACGGGGAGAGGCGGGCGGACGGAGACGAGGAGACCGGUGGCGACGACGAUGGAGGGGUGGACGCGGCGGCUGCCGGCGCCACGGCUCUCGUGGCGCUGGUCCUGAAGGACUACCUCGUGCUCGCCAACUGUGGCGUUUCCAGGGCCGUCAUCUCCCGCGGCGGCGACCCCGUGCAGCUCACCGCCGACCACCGGCCCAAUAGGCCGGAUGAGAAGCGGCGUGUGGAAAACGCCGGAGGCCGCGUGGACGAAUCAACCAACACCGUGGACGGCGUUCUGCAAACCUCCCGCGCGUUCGGGAGCUCUGCGUACAAGCAGUACGUGACGGCGGAGCCGGAGGUGACGGCGGUGGCCCGCGACCCGCGUGACGAGUUCCUGAUCCUGGCCACGGCGGGGCUGUGGGACCACGUGUCGCCGGCGGCGGCGUGCCGCCUGGUGGAGCGGAAGCUGCGCAGCAGGGUGCGGGUCACGACGCCGUGGGUGGCGACGCUGUGCGGCAGGGGCUCGCCGACCGCGCUGGCCAAGGAGCUGGCGGAGCACGCGGUGCGCGCGGGCAGCCCGGACAACGUGAGCGUCGUCCUUGUCCUCUUCAGGGACUUCUGGGAUGAUCCCGUCGCCGCCCCUGCUGCUCCGGUGGUGUCGGCCAGCGGGCGGGUCAUGCGCCCACGGCGGGCCAGCGCCAAGUACAGGCCGAACCAGUGUCGCCUGAGAAUAGUCCAGGUCUCAGUCAAUUUUUUUAGCCGUUCGAUCAUCAUUGAGAUUCGUGCACCCCAAGGGAGAGGGGAACGAGUCCGCGAGGUGGUCGGCGAGUUCGCCACCGCCUUCGUCGUCGCCGAGCCUUGGAGAGUUCCUCUCCGAAGCAGAGGUUUCAAGGCGGUCGGCGAGCUCGCCUCCGUCGUCGUCCUCGCCGUGCGGGUAUAG